UAUCUUCUUUCUAUAUGGUCUAAGAGUCGACAAAUGAAAAUUCGAUGGACUUGCUGGCAUGGCGUUCUGUCGAGCAAUAAAAGCUCUAUAGGCAAACAGGUGAACUCAGAGUCCUCCGACUUAAAGCCCACACAGUGCGACGCAUCGGCCAUCGCUGAAAGAAGGAAACAAGACUUUGGGAAUUCGAAGAUGAGGAAAUCAGCAGCAGGUGCGAUUGUAGCUAUCGCCCUUGCUGUCUUGUCGUUCACGAAAGCGUUGCCGCCUGAAGCAGUGUACGUCGACCCUCUAAUGUACUUUCAGCUCAACCUCUCCGAUACUGUCCAAAUGGCCAACGGGGGAACGGGCCCAUAUAAAGGAGACCUUCUGUUCGUCACUCCAGGUUGCGCUUUACUUCCUCCUUCGAUCGUGCGUGUCAAUCCCAACUCUUCCUACAGCACCACUGUCCUUUUAGACAACUUCUUAAGCAGACAGUUCAACUCGCUCAAUGAUAUUAAAGUUCUUCCAGGCACGGACAUCAUGUUCUUCACUGAUCCUCCGUGAGCAAUUGAUUGGACGAUGGUGUUCACAAUGCA